AUGUUAGCUGGUGCCCCGACGCUAGGAAGCUAUAAAAUAGGGUGCGACGGGUCCACUGGCGUCGGAUUGGCAUCGGUUUGUCUAGAACGUGUCUGGGGAAUUAUCAUUCUACAUCUUUCAAACACUCUUGGAUUUUUCCGGUUGUUCCAGGUGUUAUUGUUCAAGUGUUCCCGACAACGAAAGGUUUUGGUCACCUGCAAAUCAAGAAGGAAGGCUUCUUUCACUUUCAUUCGUAAUAGUCACCACGGAAGAGAUACAGUAUCCAGAAAAAGUGAAGUUUUGAACAUUGCACAUCAUCAUUCAUCAGAACUGCAGUCAUGCAACCUGAAGGUCUUCUCUAAAAAAGUAUGUGCGGACCAUAAAGUUCAAGAACGGAGCUAUGAUGGGAUGGGACUGGCCACUUCACUGUGUAUGCAACCGUAA